AUGGACCUCCGCACAUAUGUUUCCGAUCACCUGAUCAAGCUGGUCGGAGCCAGCGAGGACAUCAUGGUCGACUUUGUCGUACAGACUGCCCGCAGCGCAAAGUCGUCCUCAGCCCUGAACGACAAGCUGUCGAGCAUGAUUGAGUCUAACGAUGCAGACUUGCGACAGUUCAGCGACGCCUUGUACUCUCGAAUCACCAAACCUUCAUCGAAUGGAACAUCGACAGCAAAAUCCGAUAAGCCGAAACAGCCCAGGAAGAAGUAUGCGCUGGUGGAGAUGGAAGUGGAAGAAGAGGCACCGCCGCCUCCAAAGGAGGAGACAAAGAGGAGUAGUGAGACAGAUCGGAAGUUGAGGCAUCGUUCGGAUAAGGAGAGGCGGCGAUCACGGAGUAGAGAACGUCGCGGCAAAAAGCUCAGACCACGGGAUGAUGGCGACUUUGACGAUCGUUGGGGUGAUGAGGAGUAUGAGGAGGACGAGGCUGAGGAGUUUCCUUCGCCACCAGCUAAGCGUGCGCGAUUUGAAGAUGGUUCAGCAUCUCCACGAAGAGAAAAGGACACUCCAGAGCAGGAGCCGGAGGAUGAGGAGGAGCGAGAUCGCAAAGAACGAAAGGCCUUCGAGGAGCGACUCAAGAAUAAGGAUGCUGGGAACACGAAAAAAUUGGUCGAGGACAAAUCGUCCAAGCGAGAGCUGGCAGAUGCGGAACGUCGUGCUCAGGCAGGAAAGCUGAACGAGCAGGAGAUGAAAGACCUACGAUUGCGAUCACGACAAGAUUACCUCAAGAAGCGCUCAGCUCAGGAGUUGGCAUUGCUACGAAAGCAGGUUGCGGAAGAGGCUGAGGAGGAGCGAAACAACUCAGCGCUUUCACAAGCGGAAAAGGAUGAGUUCGCAAGGAACCGUGAAGCCCUGCGACUGGCCGAGGAGCGUGAGAAUAUCGACGACCAUUUCGAUGGCUAUGCUAUGCCGGACGACUACAUCACGGAGAAGGGCAAGUUGGACGUCAAGAAGAAGUCAGAUGCGCUCUACAGCCGGUAUGUGGAGCGGGACGACCAGGGCAGAGAGCGCUACGUGACAGAGCAUGAAGAAUGGGAGAGGGAGCAACUGGCGAAGACGAAAGCCCAGAUCAUCGUCGCUGAUCGAUCAAACGAGCAAGAGUACGAGUACGUUGUCGAUCCGGAACAGCAAAUCAAGUGGGUCACGGAUGCGACCUUGAAGGGCGGGUUGACAGAGAUGAAGACACAGGAAGAACGACUUCUCGCUCAACAAAUGCUUGCGGCAGAGCGAAAAGCGAAGACCAUUGAAGAGAAGCGGAAAACACUGCCAGUCUACCAGUACCGGCAGCAAUUUCUCGACGCCGUCAAGGAAUACCAAAUUCUGAUAAUCCUCUACGCUCUUGGCGCGCUGAACGACAAGGGCGAACUUACCAAGAUCGGCCGACAGAUGGCCGAGUUCCCAACUGACCCUAUGCUCGCCAAAGCCGUGCUCGCGGCAGACAAGGAAGGUUGCGUCGAAGAAGUGCUCUCCAUCAUCGCCAUGCUCGCCGAGGCGUCCGCGCUAUUCUACCGCCCAAAGGACAAGAAACUGCAAGCCGACGCCGCGCGUGCACGAUUCACCGUCAAAGAAGGAGGCGACCAUCUCACGUACCUCAAUAUCUGGAAUCAAUGGGUCGACGCAGACUUCAGCUUCGUCUGGGCGCGGGAGAAUUUCCUCCAACAACGCUCCCUCACCCGCGCGAGAGAUGUGCGCGACCAACUCGCCAAACUCUGCGACCGCGUGGAAGUCUCGCUCUCCUCCUGCGGCGCCUCCAACCUCCCUCCGAUUCAGAAAUCCAUCACAGCGGGUUUCUUUCCCAAUGCUGCGAGACUUAGCUCGGGAGGAGACACGUACCGCACGGUCAAGAACGGAUUGACGGUGCACAUCCAUCCCAGUUCAGUGUUGAUGGAUGUCAGACCGAAGUGGGUGAUAUUCCACGAAUUGGUGUUGACGAGUAAGGAGUUUAUGAGGAGUUGUCUGCCGUUGAAGCCGGAGUGGUUGAUAGAGGUGGCGCCGCAUUAUUAUAAGAAUAAAGAGGUUGAAGCGAUGGGGGUGGAUAGGAAGAUGCCGAAGAUCUAG